AGCUCCUCCUUCGGAAGGGAAAGAACAGGGCUUUUGCUUUGAAUUCAGACCGCACACCGAAACCUGAAACGACACACCAAACUCUCGACCGCCACUCUCUCCAGCGAAGUUUGUUAAGGAUUUGAAACUGAACAGAGAACAGACCUCCAAACAUGAAGAAAAUGAUGGCCCUUGGUUUUGAGGGGUCAGCCAACAAGAUUGGCAUUGGGGUGGUCACUCUUGAUGGUGAUAUUUUGUCUAAUCCUCGUCAUACCUACAUCACUCCUCCUGGACAAGGCUUUCUUCCACGAGAAACCGCUCAGCACCAUCUCCAGCAUGUACUUCCUUUGGUCAAAGAAGCUCUAAAAACCGCCCAAGUGACUCCUGAUGACAUUGACUGUCUUUGUUACACAAAGGGUCCAGGCAUGGGAGCCCCUCUGCAAGUUUCUGCUAUUGUCAUAAGGAUUCUUUCACAGCUGUGGAAGAAACCGAUUGUUGCUGUUAAUCAUUGUGUGGCACAUAUUGAAAUGGGCAGGAUUGUCACUGGUGCUGAUGAUCCCGUUGUGUUGUAUGUAAGUGGUGGAAAUACACAGGUCAUUGCCUACAGUGAGGGAAGGUAUCGAAUUUUUGGAGAGACUAUUGAUAUUGCUAUUGGAAACUGCUUGGACAGAUUUGCUAGAGUCUUGACGCUGUCCAACGAUCCUAGCCCUGGAUACAACAUUGAGCAGCUUGCCAAGAAGGGAGAAAAAUUCAUCGAUCUUCCUUAUGUUGUCAAAGGGAUGGAUGUAUCUUUCAGCGGAAUCUUAAGCUUUAUCGAAGCUACUGCUGAAGAAAAGCUUAAAAAUAACGAGUGCACCCCAGCCGAUUUGUGCUACUCUCUACAGGAAACGCUUUUUGCAAUGCUUGUGGAAAUCACGGAGCGGGCAAUGGCACAUUGCGACAAGAAUGACAUUCUGAUUGUUGGCGGCGUGGGUUGUAACGAGCGGUUGCAAGAGAUGAUGAGAGUUAUGUGCUCAGAGCGAGGCGGCAAAUUGUACGCAACCGACGAUAGGUACUGCAUCGACAACGGCGCUAUGAUCGCAUACACCGGGCUCCUCGCAUAUGCUCACGGGACAUCGACUCCACUGGAGGAGUCGACUUUCACCCAAAGGUUCCGCACGGACGAGGUGCACGCGAUCUGGAGGGAGAAGGAGGAAUCAAAGAAAGCGAAUGGCACUGCAGAGUAGAUGGAAGUUCCUGGAUUAGUUUCACACAGACGUAUUUAGCAGAAGAGACUAAAACUAGGCCUUCAUUACAGAGAGAUAUGCAGGAUGUUUACUUCAGAUUGUUGCAUUUGCGUGAUAAACAAUUAUUCAUUUUGGCUGGUAAUUACACCAAAUUGUAGUCAUUUCUUUUUCUUCCUCGGAACGUUACUGACAUUGUCAUCUGAGUCUUGGAGGAGCAAAAAUAACUAAAUGCCAUUUGGGAGGUAAUGGCCCCACAAA